AUGUCGUGUGGUAACCCACCAGGAAUUGCAAAUGGCAAGGUCAAUGCACAGACUUCCUACUCAGUAGGAUCGGCAGUACAGUAUACCUGUAACGCAGCGUACACCAUGACCGGAAGUUCAACCCUAAACUGUGUGGCGGCACCGACACCAUCCGGACCCAGUAAUCCCCCUUACAUUUGGCAGGGCACGUACCCUGUAUGUACACUCGAGUUCCUGGAGACAGCCUGGUUUUGGUUGCUGAUCGGUAUACUUGGACUAAUAACUCUGGGCCUGAUGAGUUGUCUUAUCUGGUUCUGUAUCCGAUACUGCUGCAACAACUGUAGAGGCCGAAGAAAGGUAGGAGACGUUGAAAAUGUUGAGGAGAGAGGCAGUUUGUGCAGCAGACUGUGUUGCGGCUGUUGUUUCUACUGUAUGCGAACGCCAGAAGAUACAAAAGAUGGCUGCUGUGACUACUUUGGCUGUUGUGGAUACGCUGGAUGUUGUUCUUGUUGUUGCUGGUGCUGCAGAUGCUGCCGAGAAAUUGUGGAACCGGAAAGAAUAGUGCGCAUGCGUAAAGGUAAACAAAAACACCGUCCGAUAUUUUCAAUGAAGAGGCAAAAAUCUAUUAAAGAUAAGAAUAAAAAGAAGAAAAUAGCGAUGAUAAAGUUAAACAGCCAGCGACAAUUUGUGAAGAGCACCAUGUUACCAACCACUCAGAUGGUACGAUCGAUGAUACAGGACGAUCCGAACCUGUUUAGGAAGGUAGCCAAAAAACUUCCGGUAUGGAUGCCUCACACGCACUCGAUAAGGGACAUCAACACAAGUACUAAGUAG